CGUGGCUCUGUCAGUGCGGGAUGCGGGCAGGGACCGCUGAGGGCGCUGGCUCAGCGCGGGGCUGCCGGCCAAGGCCUGCGCGCUCAGAUCGCCGGCAGCUCCCAGCCAGCGGCUCUCAGAGAGCCGCGGGAGGCGGCGCCCGUGGACGGAACCGCUCCGCUGAGGAGGAGGAGGAGGCCGCUGCCCGGAGGCAGCGGCCGCGGGCAGCGGAGGUGGAGCCAGUCCCUGGCGCAUCCCGGGCCUGCCGCUCCCGGGAAAACGGUGUUCUGUGGCGGCUGUCACCCACUAAGGUGACAGGAAAGCUCCCGACAUGUUCACCGGUGAAUCGGUUGAUUAUUUCAGAACCACCGACUCGUGGUUUACCAAAAGACCGCAAGACUCAUAGACUGAGCAGUCGGUGCAUGCGUAUCGUGUAUCCCAAAACGCAUCCUUACGUGUUCUCUGUUGGUACCGUUGCUUUUUUUUCAGAAUCAGACCACCCGUCCCUGCUCCCAAAGACACAGAACAAGCUGUAUAAUUUCUUUUGGGUCUGUAGGUCCAAAUUCCGGAGUAGGAGCUGGGGGAAUGCCCGUAUCCCACUGGAGCGAGGGGGCCCUUUUCUGCUCAAUCGGGGCCGCUCCGGGUUUGGGGAUUAUCUGGAAGAGCCCCAGCUUUGAUCCAAGAGCCUCGUCCCGGCUGGCGGCGCUCCCCGUGAGCACUAUUUAAUUCAGACACAAGACGAUGAGAAAUCAGUUGCUGGAGUCUGUAUGACUGAAACAGAUCUAAUAGAGACCUUCCAGGACAAAUGGCCUGCUAUCAGAAAUCUGGAAGCAUAAUUUUUUUUUGUUUAUUGACAUAAUUUCUGAAGAACGUUAUAAAUUUGAGUAGCACCUUAAUUAAUUAAAGUAUGUUAAUUUGUAGUAAACUUUCCAUUUAAAGUGAGUCACCCUUCUCAGCUUCUAAGUCAUCCAGUAAACAGGACUUUCAGACAUUAUCUACAUGGAAUAUAUUUUACUAUUUUAGCACUAUUUGCACCUUAUAACUGCUAACAAUUGCCAGUGACAUGAAAACA